CGGCUCUCGUCUUUCAACUCUCUACACACAAGUCUUUUCUUCUUCUUUUCCAUCUCUCUUGACUUAUCCUCUAAUAUUAUUCUUAUUCCUCUCUCCGACGCCGAUUCAGAUUCAGAACACGUUGUUUACAUCAUCCAGCCUUGAGGCAGCUCGCCGCAAAGUCUACUGCAACCCGUCCAAACAUCUACUUCGUUAAAGAGACUAUUUGUCUGGAGAAGCGCGCCCAAGUGCUUGUAAUUGCCUGCCAUUAAAUGCACGAAGCUUUCACGACAACCACGAAGAAUUACGUCUCAGAUCUACUUCCACCAUUCCAGUUCAAUAGACCACAGGCGACUGGCCCCGAAUCAUCUUUAGAGAAUUGGCGUUCUAGUGAUUCUCCAAACACUUACACUCAAUCAAUCCGUCCUUCUCCAUACUCUUCCCUACCAAAAGUUACCACCACCAUCGACACCAUGACGUCGCGUCCAGACAGCAAUCCGAAGCGUUGGGUGCUCAAAACCAACAAUCAAGUUGUGGACGUAGAGGCUUCAAACGCCGGUUGGGAGCUUGCAGAUGAAAUUGUUCGCUUGAACAUCGGUGAGGAUGGUGCAGAUGAUGCCCCAAUUCGGACCCCUCCCAAGUCAGAGUUGCCUUCAGCCGCUCUUGCACAGCUUCAAGACUCAAGCCCGUUGGAAACAAAUUCCCUCCCGAGCACAGAUUCUUCUCCUCAUGUCAGCGACCAUCACAUAGUCGAAACCCACUCUAGAGUUUCUUCGACUGACACGACCUUGUCCUCCCAGGACUCUCAUGUGUCUUCCAAUAGUAACACACUCGUCACUCGUGCCCCAGCUCCUCUAAAAACUCCAAAUGUCAACGAAACAAAGGAGAGGCCCCACUCGUUCAGCGGAGGUCUUUCGUCUGCCGAUCUUCGCCGUCUGCAGCAGGCAGGUGAAGAACCAGACAACCAGUUGCAACAGCAGCAGCAGCAGCAAUGGCCCAAUGGACAGUACCGAGAGAACGCCGGCGAGCAACAGUUAUCUUAUCCGUCCCUGACUCCCAAUCUCCCUGUCAAUAACCGCCCUCAAGGUCAGGCGUAUGAAAUGCGGUCCGGUCCACCACAACUCAAUAAUCCCCACAGCCGUGAUGAAGGAGACUAUAAUCGUAUCUUCAACAGCCAUAUCCAAGGUGGCCUCAUUCCACCCUUGCCCUUAAGCCCCCCGUAUAUGACUAGCCGUCCCAAUGUACCCUAUCGUCAACCUCCUCGCAGCUUUCCUCAACAAAACUUACAUGCUGGCAGUUUCCUCCCACCUCACCAGCAAUCGCUAUCGCUUGGUAAUACCCAGCAACUGUACGACAUGAUGCUUCCGGGUGCGGGACUCGAUAACUCCCACUCCGCUAUCCCGCGCGGCCAGCAGCAACAUACUUUAUUCCGCGGUGUUCAUCAUCAUUCUGCUUCGGACCCGUCGCAAAUUCGUGAUGCAGGGGCUUUGGGUCUUUUGGCGAACAAUUUGCAAGCUGCUCCAUAUACGCCUGGCAUGUUCCCGACGAAUAUGCCCGUGUCACCUCCGGCUCAUAUGGCAAUGUACCCUGCCCAGUUCUAUGGUUCAGCUCAGGAUGCUUAUAGGGAUCCCGCGAUUGCCCAAGCUAUGGCAAAUAGGCUGCAGCCGCAGUAUACUGGACCCUAUGGCGCACCAUUAGAUACAGGCCUUUCGAGUCCCAGCAGUUCCACUAAUGGUGGCGGUGGUCCUAGCGCAAACAAUCGCAAGCUGGGUCUAUACAAGACAGAAUUGUGCAGAAGUUGGGAAGAAAAAGGCAGCUGCAGAUACGGAAAUAAAUGUCAGUUUGCUCAUGGUGAACAGGAGCUACGUCGAGUAGCCAGACACCCCAAGUACAAGACCGAAAUCUGCAGGACAUUCUGGGUAUCUGGAUCUUGUCCUUAUGGCAAGAGAUGUUGCUUCAUCCAUACCGAACUUCCCAAUUCCGGUGCCAACGCCGCUGGUGCCGUUGCGUCAAAUGUCGGAGACAACACCCAAACUACCCCUGCACAACAAGGCCACAGUGACGGUCGAGCCCGUUCCAUGAGCACAAACAGUGAUCCCAAUGAGGCGGGCGUCUCCAUCCUUGCUCGAAUCAGCGCCUCUGGUCGACCACCAACCGGCAGCCUUAGAGUGGAUACCUCUGUGUUGGAUGGUGCAAGUCUCAAGCAGAACAAGUCUGCCUACCCGACUUUCGCAAACAAUGGAGUACUCAUGCAAGGAGCGGCAGAUCAUAUCACGGCGAAGUCUCCUGCACCUGUCACUGCCGGACCUGAUCUGGGGAGGCAUAACAAUGCGCGUCUGGAAAUCGUUGGAUAUAACCAGGCUCGAAUGAACAAGUCUGGGACGCCACCUGCAAACUCGCGACAUACCGCCUCCGGCUCGGACGAUUUGACCUACAAUUUUGCUCAGAAUUACUCUGUGGGUUCGGAUGAUGGUAGCACCGGCGGAGGUAGUCGUGUCAAUGGACAUGUCCGAGCGGGAAGUGCAGGAAACUGGGGGAAUUUCACAACGAGAAGCACUCAUCUGAACUCCGCUUACCCUCAUGCACCCAGCCCAGUGGGCGACGGUCAAAUAAACUCCCCUUGGACUGCAACCGAGCUGAACAUGGGCUCAUCGAGACUCAAUGAGAAGGCCUGGGCUUGAUGUCCGGCAAUCCCUAUUUCUUUGUUGUCUGGAAUGCUGUCUUGAUUAACACCGCCCGCAUCAGUCGGACAUUCUUUUCUUCAUAGCCAUCUACUUUCAUCUCGUCGC